AUGACGUUGCGAAGUCUCGUUCAGCGUCGCGUGUUGGCCGCUGCAGCAGUGCGAGACGCCCCCUGUCGCUUGGUAUCCGCCGCCGCAGUGAAGCGGUCAGUGUCUACGCCUUCGUCGUUGUCCUUUUCGUCGGUCUCGCAGUCAUCGCGCGUCGCUGCUCGCGUUGGACGGGACACGCCGCUCCACGUUGUGCCUCGCGCCGAGCGACGAGCUGCGCGUCAAGCAGCUGCCAAGCACUCGACCGACGGUCUCGAGCACAAAGUCGUUCGGACGUCGUCGCUGGCUGCGCGUGUUUCGUUUGCGCUCUUGGCGGGCAGCAUUUCGGGAUCGAUUCUAUGGCACUUUGUCCUGGACGAGCGUCUCAAGACGCGUAUUCGAGAGACGUUGCGCGCCACGUUCUUGGGCGAUGUCUACGUCUUUGUUAGCAAGAAAGUAGAGGAGACGGUCAAGCCGUUUACGGAUCCGUCACGGGAGAAGCUGCUGCCUGAUUGGCCGAUCCCACAAGUGCCAGCAGACACGCUACCAGUUCCUGUCUUGGUUGUGGACUUGGAGGACACACUUGUUGUUGUUGUUGUUGUUGUUCAGAUGGUCUAUUUGCACGGUGUUAACUAUGCGCCUUAA